CCCAAGAGCCGCACCACGUCCGCGCUGCACACAUCGCCGGUCACUGGAGGUAGACUUUACAUCUACAUUCAUUGACAGCAACUUCACACACAUCAUGGCCGAGACUUUGGAGAAGCGGCUCGAAGCCGUUUCAAUAUCAGAGGAAAAUCGCGAUCCCAAUGCACCGUUUCAGCACAAGGCAAAGAGCUCCGUAACAGGAAUCUCACUUUCAAGCCUGAGCGCUGCAGCACAAAGCCGCAUGAAGCUGCCGCUGCAAAAGCUGCAAUCAAACAAUGCCGGACAAAAGCCUGCCCUCCAACCCAUACCGACCAAGAUCACCCUUCCAUCCCAAAGCGCGCAACGCAUCUCCGCCGAAUCGCGCCCGUCCGAUCCCGAGCCUCUCUCUGCCGCGCCUAGCGAGCAAUCGAAACCCAAGCAGUUCCACCUAGGCAUGUUUGAGAUUGGCAAGCCUCUUGGAAAAGGAAAGUUCGGUCGUGUAUACUUGGCCAGAGAACGUAGUACAGGGUUCGUCUGCGCGUUGAAGGUUCUUCACAAGUCUGAACUGUCGGCUGGCAAGGUCGAAAAGCAAGUCCGACGCGAGAUCGAGAUCCAGUCCAACCUCGCCCAUCCCAAUAUUCUCCGACUAUACGGCCACUUCCAUGACACGAAGCGAAUCUUUCUCAUCCUCGAAUUUGCAGGCAAGGGUGAACUGUACAAGCACUUGCGAAAAGCACAACGCUUUCCAGAGUGGCAGGCGGCACAAUACAUUGCGCAGAUGGCCAGCGCAUUGAAGUAUCUGCACAAGAAGCAUGUUAUGCACAGAGAUAUUAAGCCUGAGAACAUUCUCGUGGGUCUCCAUGGAGAGAUCAAGAUCAGUGAUUUUGGGUGGAGUGUACAUGCACCAAAUAACAGGAGGAAGACGAUGUGUGGAACUCUGGACUACUUGCCCCCGGAGAUGAUCAAGCCUGGACGAGACGAGAACUGGUAUGACGAGAAGGUGGAUUUGUGGUCGCUAGGUGUUCUUACCUAUGAGUUCUUGGUCGGAGAAGCACCGUUCGAGGAUACACCUGUCAUGACCCAGCGCAGAAUCGCACGAUGUGAGAUGACUGUGCCGCCAUUCGUCAGCUCGGAAGCAAAAGACUUGAUCAAAAGACUUCUCGUCCUUGACCCAGAGAAGAGAAUCAGUCUGGAGGAGGUGGAACAGCACCCCUGGAUCUUGAAGCAUUGCGUCAAGGGCGAGAGGCACUAUCAGCGCACGAGUGGACAGAGCAAGCAGAAGGAGAAGGAGAGCCAAUGAUGAUAGAAUUGUAAUGGUGUCGACUGUAAAGGCCAGCUCACAUUUGGCUGACCUGGAUUAUGGCGUUGGAAAGUUCGAAGCAUCGCAAGCGAGGAGUUUGGGCAGGUUCUUCUGGUGACAAACAGUAGCCAGUGC